UAAUGUACUUUAACCUACCGGCUCCUCUAAGUCCUCAUUCUGGUGGCAGGGUGUUUGAUGCAUCUCUGAAACUCCUUGAGCUGAAUCGCCCCCACACGACUCCCAGUUCACCAUGUCCAGAAAGGUUGUGAGGUCCAGUAAGUUCCGUCACGUCUUUGGUCAGGCUGUGAAAGCUGACCAAUGCUACGAUGACAUCCGAAUCUCCCAGAUGACUUGGGACAGCAACUUCUGCUCCGUCAACCCCAAGUUUGUGGCCAUGAUUGUGGACGCCAGUGGUGGAGGGGCCUUCAUUGUGUUCCCCUUGGGCAAGACAGGACGUAUCGACAUGUCUUACCCCACCGUGUGCGGCCACACAGGACCGGUCCUGGACAUCGAGUUUUGUCCUCACAAUGACAACAUCAUUGCCAGUGGCUCUGAGGACUGCAGUGUCAUGAUUUGGGAGAUCCCGGAAGGAGGGCUGACCACACCGCUCACGGAACCCGUGGUCAAGCUGGAAGGCCACUCCAAGCGUGUUGGCAUCCUGAGCUGGCACCCCACCGCCCACAAUGUGCUGCUGAGUGCAGGCUGUGAUAACGUGGUGAUCCUGUGGAACGUGGCUCGUGGGGAGGCCGUGGUGAGGAUCGACAGCGUUCACACCGACCUCAUCUACAGCGCCUGCUGGAACCGGGACGGCUCCAAGAUUCUCACCUCCUGCAAGGACAAGACCAUGCGACUGAUGGACCCACGCAAGGGCACCGUCCUCGCUGAGAAGGAGAAGCCUCAUGAGGGCUUCAGGCCUACAAAGGCUGUGUUCAUGUCUGAUGGGAAGAUCCUCAGUACCGGCUUCAGUCGCAUGAGUGAGAGACAGGUGGCGCUGUGGGACCCGAAUAACUUCGCAGAGCCGCUGACCCUGCAGGAACUGGACACCAGUAGUGGCGUCCUUCUGCCAUUUUAUGACCCAGACACUGGCAUUGUCUACCUCUGUGGCAAGGGGGACAGCAGCAUUCGUUACUUUGAGGUGACAGAUGAAGCCCCUUAUGUCCACUACCUGUCCAUGUACAGCAGCAAGGAGAGCCAGAAGGGCAUGGGAUACAUGCCCAAGAGGGGCCUGGAGGUCAACAAGUGUGAAAUCGCCAGGUUCUACAAACUCCACGAGAGGAAAUGUGAGCCUGUAGUCAUGACGGUGCCCCGCAAGUCUGAUCUGUUCCAGGAGGAUCUUUACCCCGACACCAUCGGCCCUGAGCCUUCAGUCGAAGCUGAUGAGUGGUUUCAAGGAAAAGAUGGCCAGCCUAUUCUGAUCUCUCUAAAGGAAGGGUUUGCAGCAACCACCAAAACCAAGGAGUUCAAAGUUCACAAGAGCCUCCUGAAGACCACGGUUACUUCUGCUGGAAAUCAACAUGAUAACAGCGAGGAGGUUAAGUCCUUGAGGAAGGAGGUGAAAGACCUCAACGCAGCGGUGGAGGAGCUGGUCAAGCGCGUGAAGGAGCUGGAGAGCAAGCAUUAAACUAGAAAAGUUUGAUAAACAAGAAAAAAAAAUCAAAAGUAAAAGUCAAGAGAGAAACCGAGGAGCAAAUAAAGACAUUGAGAGAAGAGAGUGUUGUUGUAAAUCUGAUUGUAGUGAUAAAUCUACAGUUGUUUUGUUUUCUUUGGCUUGAAUUUGUUUAUUUGGUUUGUCUGGUCAAUUUGAAAAAAUCCUAUUUUAAUAUAUGCGUUAAGUCUGGAAUAAAAUCCUUUGUAUUUUCAAA